AUGCAAAAAUAUGAAUCAGCUAAGAAACUUGCCAGCUUCUUAGUAGAAAAAGAUAAUACAUCAUGCAAGAAUGCUUAUCCUUUAGAAGCUCCGCUGAGUGAGACUCGAAACAAUGGAGGGCAAUCAAUAUCAUCAUCAUCAUCACAAGAUUCCAAUAUUACUGUAGAGAAUGAUGGGGAGAAAAGCAAUACAGAAACACCAUUAUUUUUGGCAAUUAAAGCUGGCUGCGUGGAUAUUGUUGAGUUGAUACUCAAAGUGUACCCUCAGGCAGUUGAGGGUGUUGAUGGCAAUGGGUCUACCAUUUUACAUAUAGCGAUCAAGCACCGCCAACUAUGGGUCUUUGAUGUGUUGCACCACGUGGGAAUUCCAUGGAGGAGGCUUGUUGUGCAGAGAGACAAAGAUUUGAAUAACAUUCUACAUAUGGUUGGAGAAGACUCUAUAUUCAAAAUAAUACAGGGAAACCCCAUGGUCCAAUUGCAUGAAGAUUUGAUAUUGUUUAAGAUGCAGCGUGUAAACGAACUUUGCUCAUCAUGUUCCGUGGAUUUAAGUUUGUGUCGCAACCGUGAAGGGAAGACUGCUAAAGAAGCAUUUGUUAAGAAUAAGGAAGAUCUUCGCAAGAAAUCUAUAGAAUGGGUGCAAUUCUUAAUAGAAAGCAGCUCAUGGCUUAGUGUGUUUGUCGCCACUGUUGCCUUCGCCGUGGUCCUCACACUUCCAGGAGGUUUAAAUCAAGAAACAGGUUUCCCCAUUCUUCUCAACCAUCCAUUCUUUCACGUUUUCAUCAUCGCUAUUGUUUGUCUCAAUCUACACAUCACCAUUUCGCUUUGA